AACCAUUUGCUCCUCCUGCCCUGUUCCACGAAUCGUCUCCAGCCCGAAAUCCACACCAGUGACCAGUGAGGAGGGCACCGGAAUGACCCGCCGCCGCAGCCUGCGCCUCCGUCCUCAAAUCCAGGCGAGUCAGGAUGGCGCCGGAAUGGCCAUCCGCCGCAGCCCGCGCCUCCGUCCCCAGAUCCACGCGGGUGAGCAGGGCGCCGGAGUGACACACCGCCGCAGCCCGCGCCUCCAUCCCCAAAUCCAGGCGAAUGGGGAUGGCGCCGGAGUGACCCGCCGCAUCCGUCGCCGCCGCGGCACCUCUCCGGCGUCGCCUACCUCCCUGCCGGACGACGACGACAUGCUCCGGGAGAUCCUCAUCCGUCUCCCGCCACUGCCAUCCUCCCUCAUGCGUGCAUCAGCCGUCUGCGGGCGCUGGCGGCUCCUCGUCACCGACCCUAAGUUCAUCCGCAGCUUCCGCGCCCACCACCGGAAGCCGCCACUUCUGGGCGUCUUCGAGAUCAGCGACCAGGGGAUCGUGUUCAACCCCAUCCUCGACACUCCCGACCGCAUACCUCCUCAGCGCUUCUCCCUUGGACGCUACACCGGCAUCUGCGAAUUGCUCGAUUGCCACCACGGUCGCGUUCUCGUCAAAGACUGGGCGUGGGAAGAGAUCCUUGUUUUUGAUCCCAUCACCCGCCAACCGCACAGUGUGGCCGUUCCUCCAGAUUUAGGUUUCCCCUUCCUUCACGGGGCUGUGCUCUGCGCUGACGGUGAUCAGGGCCACGUGCACGGAGGCUGCUACCUGAGCCCCUUCAAGGUGGUCAUGGUGUCUGUGCACAGCCAGGGUACUCGAGCCUGUGUUUACUCCUCAGAGACUGGCAUAUGUGGCAAUCUCAUCUCAACAGAGGCUCCGUGUGAGGAUAUUGGUAAAUCUGCAGUCCUUGUUGGUAACUGCCUUUACUGGCUGUCCAUCGGUGAAGUUAUUGUGAAGUUUGAUUUGGAUGAGCACAGCCUAACUGUGAUCAGGGGCCCUUCCGUUACAAAUUAUAUUCCCUAUGACAACCGUCAGAUCAUCGAGGUUGAGGAUAGCACUGUUGGCUUCGCCAUAUGCGAUUGCUCAUGUUUCCAAAUGUGGCAGAUGAAUGUCAAUGGCCAUGGUGCCACAUGGGUGCCGUGGAGGACCGUUGAAUUUCAUACCAUUCUUGGAUUCCCUCCUCGGAUUGAAGGACAGGUGGAUAUGAAGGGAUAUGAUGAGGACACUGGUGCGUUCUUCAUAUAUGUGAACUCUGAUGUAUACAUGGUUCAGCUCAAGUCUAGGCAAUCCAACAGACUUCCUUGGACUCAUCAUUUCUCUUCCUACCAUCCUUUCAGAAGCUUCUAUACACCAGGCACAGCAAUUGUCGGUGGUUCUAAUGGAGCUGAAUUUUUGCAUAAUUCUUAUGAUGACUGGCAGGUUUGAUGUGCUGAAAUGGUUCCACAGGUGAUGGAAUGGCUGCUGCAAUUCUCACUGAGUUUGUUGCAUCGCAUCAUGUGGUUGGCGUGUUUAUAUCGUUAUCUGAAAAAGUUAUCAUGUCUAAGUCUAGCCAAGUUUCUAAUUUAGCAAGAUCUUUUGAAUACCAUUGAGGGAGUUUUAGCUUCUCGGAUAUCAUGUCAAGUCAGGUUUCAUCGUAUUUACUCUUUUAAUAUGGUUGUGCUUGGCAGCUCUUUUCAGCCAUGAGAGUUUCAGUACCAACUAUGAUGUAAAUUUAUAUGUUUGUGUAUGCUCUCCAACUGUGGUGUGAAAAGCGUGUCAGCACUGUCGAUCUAAUAUGGCCCUAGUGCCAUGUUUCUCAUGGAGCUAGUAGGAGGAACUACUGUGGAGAGGUUUGGGGCUGAGUGAAAUAACUAGUGCACUUCUGGAUA